AUGGAAUCAACCGAAAUAGACGAAGUGUCCCAAUUGGUCGCUCUGGCUGGUCCAGAGGAUUUGCUAGAUGCAUGCAGAAAGUUUGUUCAGGCUGUACCAUUUCCUUGUCUGGAUGUCUCUAGGUACAUUUCAGUGCUACGCUCUCGCAAGAGUGAAUCUACAACUACAGCGGCUGUGCUAUGUAUGUACGAGCUUGAGAUUCUCCUCUUCUAUAGAAGCGAGCCUGCAAACAUGGAGGAAGCUGACCAAAUGUUCAAGUCGCUCUCAAACUUGUCUCAGAAGAAAACCUCGUCAGUGGACCCCUUCGUCAAGCUAAAGUAUUACGACUUGCUAACGGAUUACCAGUACUUCUAUUCUCCUGAUAAGGAGCUCAAAUUGAUGGAUUUGGUCAACAGAAAGCUCAAUUCUUUGAGCAUGGUGCCCCAUUACAAUCAUGGCGUUGUGGAAGAUGUCCAGCUAAAGAUUCUUAUAUUUUAUCUCAUGAGCGGUGCCGAUUUCAGAAAACGCAAUGUCCAACAGUACCUUACAGAGGAACAUAUUCUUCUGAGAAGCCACGGUGAAGCUAUAGAUUCAUAUAAGGGUGCAUAUGUGAAGCGUACGCUAAUUAACCCUACGCUAUUAAACUCAUUCUUAACAGCUGUCAGCUAUCUCAGUGGACUCUUCCACUUUGUGUGCUCCAGGUACCGCAUGCAGCUACUCGAGAAUUUUCUCGACGUCAACAUUUCAAGGCUACCUCGAUACUUCACCUCAAUACGAAUUGAGCGCAUCUACGGGUUGCUACUAGAGGGAGAUCACACGAUUGAUGUCGAGGAUGUUGUAUACCGCAUGAUAGUCGCAAACGAGUUGCCUCCAGGCACCUCGCUAGACCAACUAGAAGGCCUCGUGCGCUUUGGCGAGCCUCACACAGAGUAUGACGACUUCAACAAUCACGUUAAAUCAGUAUGUAGAUUGGUGGACCGCAUCUCCAGCGAAAAAACAUAA